AUGGGUCUUUCUUGUCUUCUGUCUCUUACCUGUCUUCUGUUAUGUCUUUUUUUUCUUAACUCUUCUGACACUCUUUCAGCAUCAGCUUCAGGCUAUAAAUUCCUUAUCAGUGAACUCUCUUUCUCAUCCCCCUUUCUCUUAUCUGCACUUGUAGACAUCAAAAAAAUAUCAAUGGACGCAAACACACCUGCAGAAUUUUCUCAUGUGUCUUCCAACUUUCAUUCAUACUAUUCGCACACAAAGAAAGGUGGUGGCGUAAUCGAUCUAGGUCUCAGCCUUAGGACCAUACAACAUGAUACUUACCUCCCAUCGGGGAGAAUGAUAGGUCUGGACGGGUAUGGUGAGCUCAUAGACUGGUCGCAGCCCAGCUAUAGCAGCAAUUUACAGCUGAAGAGUGAGGAAACUGGAAACCAAAGACUUGCACAAGGAUAUUACAAUGAUGGAGAAGAGAGCAGAGGCAAAUUGUCCUAUGUGAAGGUAAAUAUGGAUGGCUUAGUGGUAGGCCGCAAGAUUUGCGUUCUUGAUCAAGGAACCUACUCAACUCUUGCUCUUCAGCUCGAAAAUAUGUUUGGGAUGCAGACCAUGUCCGGAUUGAGGUUGUUCCAGGAUGAGUCUGAUUUCUCUUUGGUCUACAGAGAUAGAGAAGGUAUCUGGAGGAAUGUUGGGGAUGUUCCAUGGAAGCAGUUCGUCGUAAACGUGAAUCGGAUGAGAAUCGCAAGAAGAAAUGAUGCUCUUCUUCCCUUUUAAAGUUGGAAGUCGAAGCCUAUCCUCUCCUAGGG